AUGGAAUCGCCUUUUCAACUAUUACCACAUACCAACAAACAUCAACAAGUCACUUCGUUUUCUGAUUCAGGUCAUACUUUGUCAUGGGGGGCAAGUCAUCCGGAAAUACUCUCAGGUGAAUCACAUGAAGGACCAAUCAAUCCAGCCAGUGAAGACACUCGUACAAUUCUGUCAAACUUGUUUCAAGAGGUUGUGAGUGUUUUUCCCGAUAAGUCAUUACACCUGGGUGGCAGUGUGUAUGACAGACAGUUGUGGCAAGAAGAUGCAGAGAUUCAAGAGUUUAUGAAGCAGAAUGGAUUUGACGAGGACUACAAUAAACUGGAGAACUACUAUUUUGAAAUGCUUGCAGGAAUCAUUGAGAAUAUUGGUGCAAAUGUACAGUCGACUAUCACACCGAUUGUGUGGCAGAGUGUAUUUGAAAAUGGUUAUCGCGGAAACACCAACACUGUCAUACACGUACACAAUGAGUCCGAUUGGCAAAAUCUUGUCAAAUCUAUCACAUCGUCUGGAUACAGAGUUAUAAAUUCAGCCUGUUGGUCGAAUCUGAAUGAAGCUGUUGUCACAGACACAAGGAAGUUUUACGAAUGUGAUAUAUCACAAUUUGAAGGUACCGAUGAAGAAGUUGAAAUGGUGAUUGGUGGAGAAGUCAUCAUCUGGGGAACAUAUGUGGAUGAUGUCAAUCUCUUCAUAGAAUCCUGGCCAAUAAUAGCCGCAGCUGCUGAACGUCUCUGGUAUCAUUACUCACAGGACUUCUCCUAUUUCUCAGACAGACUGAAAGAUUUGCACUGUCGAAUGAGAACAUUCGACUGGAAUGUGAAGCCUUUCAAUGGACCAGGAUACUGUCCGCUAUAUUGGUCACUUCGGAUGGAGACACCAUAAUAUCUUUAAACUGAAAAAUAAAGCCUUCAACCUUGAACUACUGCU